AUGGGGCAAGAAGAAAGCCACAGUGAGGAGAUGGAUUUGGCGCAAAUUCAGGAUCUGUGCCUUAUUUUCAUGAAGGAAUGUCCCAGUGGUGCCCUGCACUUACAUGAAUUCAAGAGGAUAUUCGGGGUACCAUGCAACUCUUCGGAGGAGUCUCUCUACAUCGAGACGAUAUUCCGCUCCUUUGAUACAAAUAAGGAUAACACACUGGAUUUCCUGGAGUAUGUAGCAGCACUUCACUUGCUCUUACGAGGAAAUCUUGAAGAUAGACUCAAAUGGUCUUUCAAGAUGUACGACAAGGAUGGAAACGGCAAGUUGGACAGACAUGAAGUGAAACGGCUCAUCAGGAUUAUUUACAAAAUCAAGUACCAGACGAAUGAUAUCACUUUGACGCCGUCCGAAAUCUGUGACCGAAUCUUCGAGCUGGUCGAUCAGAAUCACGACGGUCAGAUAACUUUGUCCGAGUUCAUGGAGGGAGCUCAGAAGGAUGAAUGGGUCAUGAACCUGCUCAAGCUUGACGUGAACGCCAGCGGUUGGGUCAUCCAGAACUGUGGGAAAUCACCAUGA